ACAGGCAGGCAAUGCAAUGCCGAACCACCUGUACAGUGGUCAACUUUUGGCUGAUCCUACACGCGCCACCUUUUUCGCGUGGGUAAAAACCUCAACUACCAAAACUGACUUUUAAACUCGCACCCUAUCCGAAUCCUGACCGUCCAUUCUCAACUCUUUAUCAAAAUGGCAAGAUCCUAGCCCUCCGAUCCAGCCGUGCCUUACACGAUGCACUCAAACGCGUGAAUCUAACACCACUCUCGUCAUCGGUGCUUUGAUUCUUGCCGACCUCGGCUCCUUUCCAAGAUAAGGAGGUGAAGAAAGGGCGAAAGAGAGAAAUCGAGGAGAGAGAAAUUCGAAGAGGUAGAAGAUCCAAUCGACAAAAAAGAUUGACUUAGGGCUUGGGAGGUACAUGAAUGGCUUCGGGGACAACAGUGGGAGGUGGAACAGGAGGAAAUGACGGUUCUGGAGAGAAACAGAGGUGGGCAGAGAGCAAAGUCUAUACACGCAAAUCAUUCAAGGGUCUGAAAAAUCACAAUGUAACACAACCAUCACAAACACAAACACUAGCUUCUGAAGACGGCAAUUUGCCUCAGCAACAGAAAGUCUUUGGUAGUUGCGAGGCAGCCUCGGACGAUUCUUCAACACGGAAUCAUUCGCAGGGUUUGGCUGCUGGCCCACGUGAUGUGUUGGGUGGAAAUGGGGAGUUAAAGCUUGGCUUUUCAAGGCAGGAGAAUCGGGUAACAGUUGAUUUGUCUCAAAAGUCAAAGCAGGAAAUGAGGGAGCUAAGAAGGAAGCUGGAGAGAGAGCGAGACUUGGUUAGAAGUUUGGUGAGCAAGAUUGAGGCAAAGGAUGUGGAAACAAAUGGUGGUGGGCCGAAACGUGUAAAUUCAGAGGUGGCAUCCAUGGGAGUGGGUCUACCUCGUGAAAGUAGGCCUUUGCAUCAGUUGAGUAUAUCAGUGUUAGAGAAUAGUCAGGGUGCAAGUGAUACUGUGGAGAAAGAGAAGAGGACCCCAAAGGCAAACCAGUUUUACAGGAAUUCAGAGUUUCUUUUGGCAAAGGAUAAGUUUCCACCAGCAGAUAGCAACAAGAAAUCAAAAUCAAAUGGGAAGAAGGGUGGCGGAGAAUCUGUACAUGGGUUUGGGUUGGGGAAGUUCUCGAAUCAAGUGUUCAAGAAUUGUAGCAAUUUGCUUGAGAGAUUGAUGAAGCACAAACAUGGUUGGGUGUUUAAUACACCUGUUGAUCCAAAGGCUCUUGGUUUGCAUGACUAUUUCGACAUUGUUAAGCAUCCAAUGGAUUUGGGUACCGUGAAAUCUAGGCUGAAUAAGAAUUGGUACAAGUCUCCCAGAGAAUUUGCAGAGGACAUAAAGCUUACAUUUCGCAAUGCUAUGACCUAUAAUCCGAAAGGGCAAGAUGCUCAUGUAAUGGCAGAACAGCUGUCGAAUAUAUUUGAGGAGAAGUGGGCUGUAAUAGAGGCUGAUUAUAUGCGGGAAUUGAGGCUUGCGGUAGAUUAUGAAGUUGGUUUACCAACCCCUACGUCAAGGAAGCCACCACCGCUGUCACUGCCCCUUUCUGAAAUGAGAAGGACAUUACAUAGAUCAGAAUCAAUGACUCAGCUUGUUGAUCCAAAGCCAAGAUCCAUGAAUUCUGCUCAUUCAGGUAGGACCCCUACCCCAAAGAAGCCAAAGGCUAAGGAUCCUAACAAAAGGGAAAUGACUUAUGAGGAAAAGCAGAAACUUAGCUCAAACUUGCAGAAUUUACCUUCUGAAAAGCUGGAUAAUAUUGUCCAGAUCAUUAAGAAAAGAAACACUGCGCUCUGCCAACACGAUGAUGAGAUUGAAGUGGACAUUGAUAGUGUUGAUACAGAAACUCUUUGGGAACUUGAUAGAUUUGUGACUAACUACAAGAAGAGUUUGAGCAAGAACAGAAGAAAAGCUGAACUUGCUAAUCAAGGAAGAGCAGAAGCUGGGCCAAAUGUCUGGGAAGAGAACCUAGCCCCAGUUGUUGUGGAGACUCGAAAAGAAGCUGAAACAGAUGGAAAGAACAUUUCCUCGUUAUCUUUUGCUCAAGUGGAACUGCAGGGGAAUAAUGCAAGUAAAUCAAGUAGCUCUAGCUCUACCAGUGACUCUGGAUCUUCUUCAAGUGAUUCUGAUAGUGACAGUUCCUCUGGAUAUGGAUCUGAUGCAGGACAUUCACCUAGGAGUUGAGCAUACUGGAUUCAGGUAUGAUAAUAUCUUCUUACAGUUCCUAUCCAAAGUUGAAACAGCUAUUAGAGUUGAUAAGAAGAGGUAUAGUGCACCACUCUAUGCCUAUCAAACUCAUGUUGUAGUCCGGAACUCUGUUAACAAGUGUUUGAACAAAUGUUCAUUAUUAUAAGCACUGAAAUUGAAUUUUUUGUGGGUUGUGUCUUUUGGAUUUUGUUGCUUCUACUUAUGAAUUGAAGACCAUGUUCACAGCCCCGUGAUGAUUUUUUGAUGACCUGUAUUAAGACACAUCAUGGGUACCCUUCCGUAUUAAUCCACCACAUAGGUGGAUUUGGAACUAUAGGAAGGCACUUAAGAGUUGCACUUCAGUUGGUACUGUACUUGUGUUUCCAUACUCUAUGGACUUGGAGCGAGCAAUUAAUAUGUGCACGUGAUCCGCUUUCGUGUAUAAGAUGUUAACAUUUAGCAAACAUAUCUUUAAUGCUUGCAUCACCCCUGAUAAUCCUCGACUCCAAUUGUCGUUUCCGGCCUCAUCUCACCUAGCUGCAUGUUGAGAAAGCUGAUUGAUCAGCCACCAUUCUUGAAUGUUGGAGAAUUCGUAAGAUUCAUUGUCGAAUCAAAUCAUCGAUGAAUUUGGCUGGUUCAAAACUUUAGUCCACAAUUCCAUCUUUGUAGCCACACUUGUAGCUCAUCCUAGACAUCGCUGUAAACUUUUUUCAAUGGAUUCAUAUGCCUAAAACAAUACUGACAGCUGCAGUCUUCAAUUUGGUUACUUGUGACCCUUGUUUCUUAAUUCAGAUUGCAUGGGCUUCUCUUUCAAAUUGUGAGUGUGAUGUCUCAGGCUUUUCUGGCGUAAAAGGCUUUCUGGAAUAUAAUGAUUAUCCUAACGUUGGUGUCAUUUCUUGCUUUCUUUUCUUGGCGCAAUCAUCAUUUGGAGGUUCACUUCUGAUCACGGAUCCCCAACAUGCUCUUCAUCUCCAGCAAUUUUUAACAGAGUUGUAAUUCCUUUUGACCUCUCAUCUGCCGUGAUUACAACUGAACACAAAGGACUUGUUCUUUCGACAAUACACUCCAUAGGAACUAGGAACUCCUUCGUAGCAAGAAACGUGCUGAGCAAUGUAACUUAGAACACGAAGAAUUCGAUUUUCUGGACACACAAGCCAUUGCGUUAGAGAAUAAGGUUCCAGCAAUUGGAGCCACAGGAAAGUUACAUCCUUGCUUAAUGAUGAAUAUUUGGCCUGGUCUAUGAAUGAAAACCACCCGUGCCGAAUAUACACAAUUAAAAAUUGAUAUUGUUUUUUAUUCUUUUCUUAGAUGGACAAUUAUUGUCAAUGGGAAAAGUACGGUUGUCUACUCUCAAUUACUCCAGAAGUUUAAACUGUCAAAGAAUGGACACACCACGUUUAUUAGGUUCGCAACAUUUCUCUUGACAUCUAAACCUAGCUCACUUGUGGAGACAUACAACCAAGUGCAUAGAUAUAUGUAUACAUCGAACAUGAACCUUGGCGCACCGCUAUGCUCGGACACAUAGGGGUAGUAUCAAAGGUGGAAAGUGAGACUCGAUCAUAAGACCUCAAUGAAUGAUGGCUAUGCGACUAAAUCAAACUACCAAUGUCUCGCAAUGCCUGGGAUAAUAUGGAGGAGUGAUCUGCUUUUAUCUUUUGCUGUUUUAAAAUUUUACUAUUAAUAUUUAAUGGAUGAGAUUAUUAUCUUUGAAGUUGCUUUCUUAGUGAAGUCAUGGUAUCUUAGGUUGUUGACUUCUUGGUGACUAUAGGAGUCUUUGAUAUUUGGUUUUGAUGUGUGAACUAUCCUUGAGAGCUCACGUUUUGAUGAUUUUUAACCCCACUAUGGUUGAAUAUCUUUCAUAAACUUCUUGUUCAAAUAUCUUUUACCAAUUUCUCUACCCAAAUUUGCUCACAAUUCAAAAUUACGGUGGUCAUUUUUCUUUCUACUUCUUGUGAUCUUGCUUGUUGGCUUUAUUUUGAUGAAAAGCUAGUUAUUCAGAAAAUGAGGAAGUGGAAUUUUUUGGCUAUGGAGGGGCCUUUCUAUUAGGGUUGUCUUGGAAAAAUCUUGUUUUUGUAAUUAUUACUUUUUGUUAUUUAGUGCUUUGUAUUUUGCAUGUUCUUUUUCAAAGGAAACCAUUUUCCUUCUUUUCCCGUACUAAAUGAUGUUGCCAUCAAGAAAACGAAAGAAUUGCGUAAACUGUUUGGUCAUGAUUCUAUCCAAUGUUGGCAUAUCAUCCUCCUCAAUAAAUUAUUCAUUGCACUAGAGAGAAAAGAAGCGAAGAAAUCGGUUAAGAAACCCUAUAAUGUCUCUUUGUAUGAUUUUUUGUAUAAAUUGUUGGACUUUAAGAAAAUGACGACAUUUAAAGAUGGUGAUAUCACAAACCCAUCAAGGUUUUUCCUUAUUGUUUAGAAAGUCUGAUAUGGCCAUAAAAUACUUCAUUUCCAUUAAUGAUGUACUUGGGACAAGAAAGCAUGAACAUACCCACACCCAUUUAUUUCCACACUUGUAGCUUCGGUUAACAAUAAUGAUAUUUAAUAGUGGUUUCAUUUUUGUCAUAAAAUACUGAAAUGUUUUCUUAUAGGGAAGAGAGAGUAGUAGAAUUCUUGACAUUCAAAAAUCAAGAAAUUGACUUCUUUUCAACUUGUAAUGGGGACAGCUUUGACAUUUUAAAAUGUUCAGAGAGAUGUACUUGACAAAUUUGCAUUUAUAUAACUACUAAGCUUUUAUUCCCAAUCUUUUGGCUGAACCUUGUAGCGUUGGUGACAAAUACCUGAAAAGAUGUAGGAUUAGCUCUUUCAAACAUUUAUUUUGAAUAAAAGAGACACUCCUCAAAGUAUGAUGUGUCUAUGUUGGGUGCAUGUGUACAUCAACACUUCUCGGACAUAUGUUCGAUGCUCUUUUGGUUGUGUACAUUAUCCAUUAUAAAAAAAUAAAAAACCUACAUUUAAUACACAAGUCCUACUUCUCUCUCUGGUGAGUAUCUUUGAGAUGCUGCUGCCUUACUCUUCCUUCUCCCUCCUAACACCCCUAGUAUAAGUUCUAGGAAAAGGGAGUCCAUCUGUACCCUGAUUCCUUCUCUAAGAUGGGAAAGCUUCCUAGAGAGUGAAGCCUGUGCCAUAUCCAAAUUCAUAAAACAUUAGAGAGUGAAGCCUGUGAAUUGAAAACUUGAUUUGAUCUGCCGCCUAACCAAGAGUUAAAUUUCAACAAUUGCAUUUUAAUUUCAAUUCAAAUUCAUCACAUAACUGCUAAAUUAUAUUUUCAUAUAAAAUGGAUUAUUAUGUAGAUCAAAUUUAUGUGUAUCCAAUUUUGAGUCCAUGAAAUAUGAUAGAACAAUUUCGGACUGGAAUAAUCGAUAAAAAUAUAAAAAUUCAUAUUGGACUAAUCAAAUUUGGAUGAGCAUUGAGUUGGUGAAUUGGCAUGUCGUUACAUAUGAAAGAAAAAGAACUAGUGACUAAAGAUAGAAUUGUGAGAUUGAGUCACAUGAGCAAAGUUUAAAUCUAAGCUUUUCAUUUAUAAAUGAAUCUUAUUAAAAUCUUUAGAAAUAUUUUAAUGGGGGCAAGUUUUUAAAAAAUGGAAAUUCCUCAAAAUUUUAAACUGACCCCAAAACCUUUUGAAAUUACAGUGGGGGCAAUUGCCCCCACCCUCCCUCUGUCUACUUCUUGGGUUGCGUCUAUGAAGAAAGAAUAAACAUAUGACCGACACUUGAUGACUAACAUGUUAUUUCAGAAAUUGGUGGUUUUUCACGUUUUAGUUAUAUCAUGAAAAAACAAUAUGAUUUUUUUGGUUGGUGUCUUUAUGUACACUUGCUACACCUUUUCCCCAAGAAGGGAUGAUGAUUAACUAUUAUGGUCCAUUAGUCUAAAGAUUCAUGUUAGGGUACUAGUUCUAUGAUUUACUUACUAUAAAGUAAUAAUUUUCUGAUAGUGUAAAUAUAUGUUUUUUGUUGUAUAUUAAUAAACUAUUCAAUUUUGCAUAGAAGACGCAUAUAUAGUGUGUCUUGGUUGUGUCUGUGUCAUGUCACAUCCGCGUUACAUGUACCUUUAUGUGCUUCAUGGGUUUCUGAAGCUAUAUUUUGUUUUGGGGAUUGGUAUUUCCAAAGUGCAUUUCUGUCAUGGUAUCCCAUUUUUUCGUCAUUUUUUGGUCAUCACUUUUUCAAGUACUUUCUUGCAUUCUCCUUUUCCUUUUUUUCUAUAUACGUGUGCAUUUAAAAUUGGAAGUUGAGGAUCUCUUAGGCUUCAUGUGGAAUGAACUGUUGUUUAUCCACUCUUUAAAACAUUUUUCUACAUAUGGUCAUUGCGUUGGUCACCAUUUCAAAUUUAGUUUCUUUGAAGAGAAGUUGGUAAAUUAUAUUUGCUAUGGAUACUAGGCAUUUGUAUAUGUUAUGAUUAGUGCUUCUAAAGGAAAUGACGCAAAGGGAUUUGGGGCACAUUUCUUGUCUUGGGCAGGGUCGAUGCUAUUUUAGGUAUAUUACAUUUGGUAAACUGGUCUCUCCUAGAUGGAUUUUAGAAUUCUAGUUGUUAACCAAUAGGCAAAUGAUUAUGUGGUUUGCUUCCAAAAAUAAAUUAGUUCUGCUGGAAAGUGUCGCUGUAUUGUAAUUCCUAUAUUUAACCUUUUUGAAGCAUUUGAUCCUACAAGCUGGAAAGUAGGAGUAAUAAAUGAAUGUUGCAUAGAUGAGCCAGAUGUAAAGAACCAACAGCAUUAUAUGAAAAGUAAAAUAUUGCAUGGCAUCUUAUAUGAUGAUGUUGGGUCAUUUCGGUACUUUGAUCAUUAUGUCAUUUUCUUCUCUCAUAUUUGGGUCAUAAAUUCAACCUGAACACCUAUGAUUUACCUCCCAAUACUUGGUCUUUUUGUUGUAUAUUGUUGAAAAUAGAUAAUGUAAUGUAACGCCCGUGCUGUGUUAGUUGUCUACCUUUCUAUAUGGGAGCACCGAUCCAAGUUUCACUGCAAAGAGAACAACCAAGAUCCUGAAUAUUUUUAUCUUUCUACCAUGAGAUAUAAGUAUUCAAGACUACAAUUUUCUGUGAAAGGGAAAAAAAUCUGGUGCAUAUACUUUUGUUUUGGUAAAUAAUGUGGUAUAUAUUGCGGAAAGACUAUUAUGAAACCAGGUUUUUUCCCUGACAAUGCAUCGUCAACUGAACAAUCAAAUGACUCUUACAGAGCUGGGUUUUUCCCCAACUGAACAGGCAAAUGCAUUUAAAUGUCUUUUUUUUCUCAUUUACUAUGCUAAAUUUCUAUAUGUACUAGUUUGCUGGGCUUAUACAGCAGCAGUUGCUUAUGUUAUUGUUUAUCAAUCUGCAGAUCUCAUAAGUUUGAGCCUUGACAGUUGCAUUCUCCAUUCUGCAA